AUGGCCGUUCCAGGCAUCGAGUCGAUGCCCUCGAGGCCGAUGACUUCGGAGGAGUUCAGCGCCGCGAUCAUCAAAGCCUGUUUCUUGUACAGUCAAGAAGAAGUUACAGAGAUCAAACCCAGAAAAGCCCGGGCGCUAUGUGUAUGUUUCGAGCUGGACAAGGACAGUCACCCCAAUGUUGAAAGCACCAGCGAGCGAGUCCGCGAUGUCUUCGAAAACACUUAUGGUUACGAUACUGUCGGUCUCGUGAUCCGGAAACAAGACAAAAACCCCCAAGCAACAUUGACAUCAGCUCUCGGAGGUCUAUUCAACGGAAUGGACGAAGAUUGUAUAGCUAUCCUGCACUACAUUGGUCACGGGGGGGAAGGCCAAAAGUUCGUCUUCCCCUCAUUAAGAGAUAACAAGAUAGAUCCUUGGGACGCCAAUGUCUUGAUUCUUUUUGAGUGCUGCUUUCCUAUUGAGAUUGACGGUUACAUAGGCCAUCACAAAGAAUUGAUCUACGCCUACGCUUCGGGGGAAAGCGUGUGCGAUGAUGGUCUCGGUUGCGAGCGCGGCUUCAGUAGAAAUCUUGUUCGAGAACUGAAGCGCGCUCAUGAAUGUGGACAUGUCUUAUCCACGUCGCAGCUAUACAGCCGCUUGGCAACAAAGAGUUUCACCAUGAAAGAAUCUUGGGAAACGGAGCUGGAUUCUCUGCCCCAUUACAUUCGACACCCUCGAGAUCACGGACCAUCUCUGCUAUUGCAACCCAUGCGGCAGAAAAGCAAUUUAGACCUGACUCCAGCCCCUUGCCAAACUUUGGGCGACCAGGCAGCUGAUGUCGUUCUGUCAGUUCAAAUCGCCAAUGGUGGGUGGCAAGCAUUACACGCCAUUCAGUCAUGGGCCCAGAGACAUCCAUUGACCGAAGGCCGUGUCCGAGUCGACGAGCUGUACAAGAGAACAGAUAAAUGUAUCCUCGCCGUCACCUUCCAGGUAUGGUACAAUUUACCGGAUCAUCCAGCCAUGAAUCAGAUUGGGUUUGAGUUCAAGCGGACGACUGGUCAGUUGAACGGACUCUGA